CGUUUCGUGUGGCGGACCCUUUUAAGCGGAACGCUGCUGCCUGUCGCUCUUGUAGCUGGUAGGGAGACUUAUUGGGAACACCGGAAUCGCGCUCACGACGGAGAUUGCCGGGGAACAUGCCUAAGUUUUACUGUGAUUACUGUGAUACCUACCUUACUCAUGAUUCGCCAUCAGUGAGGAAGACUCACUGCAGUGGUCGAAAGCACAAGGAAAAUGUGAAAGACUACUACCAGAAGUGGAUGGAGGAGCAGGCUCAGAGCCUGAUCGAUAAAACGACGGCUGCCUUUCAACAGGGGAAGAUUCCUCCCACGCCGUUCCCUGGCGGUCCUCCCCCAGGUGGUCCUCCUCGGCCAGGCAUGCUACCGACGCCCCCUAUGGGAGGUCCUCCUAUGAUGCCCAUGAUGGGGCCCCCCCCACAUGGAAUGAUGCCCGGUGGACCCGGAGGCAUGAGGCCGCCGAUGGGAGGACCCAUGCAGAUGAUGCCAGGACCGCCACACAUGAUGCGUCACCCUCGGCCGAUGAUGAUGCCGGUGAGGCCGGGCAUGAUGCGGCCCGACAGAUAAGGGCGGCGUGGCGCUCUCCGCUCUCUGCUGCCGCCAACAGACUCUGUCCAGUGAGGACUCUCGGCUGAACACUUGGACUUCUCCUCGCCUUUUAAGAAAAGAAAAGGUUCAAACGUCUCAAUUUCUUCAACCUCCAACCGGAAGUCCCAGAUGUAAUUAUGUCGACUGUUUUUUCCGGUAUUUAUUACACUCACGUUAGAAUGGAUUUUUACAGUUUUCAUUUUAAUCGAACGUCCUUCGUGUUGAGUCUGAAAUAUCUCGUCUCACUUCGACAAAGCUGUUCAGCACACAUUUAAAGAGCGUGUUCCAUAUGACUUUUGGUAUAUUUUAACUUUUUGUUUUCGGAUUUUUACAUGUUUUUGUUAUCGUUCAUUGCCAUGCUUUGAAAAAUAAAACGGUGAUUUGAAACCUGUU